CGGACAUCAUCAGGAUGAGUUUGGCAAUCGCAGUCUGUCUGUGCUUCGGCGUUCUGGCCGGUCUGAGCGGAGCAAAGCCCCAGACGCGGAUAAUCGGUGGCGAGACGGUCAACAUCCAGGACUACCCUUACCAGAUCUCGAUGCGAUGGACCUACGGUGUACCGAAACCGAUGCACUUCUGCGGCGGUUCGAUCGUCAGCCGUUACCACAUCGUCACCGCGGCUCACUGCGUCGACAACAAACGCACGCCUGAUAUGCUCAGGUACAUCAAGAUCUACACCGGUACCAGCCGAUCCGACUCUACCGGAGGUACCGGAAAGGCUCACACCGUCAAGAGUGUCCUCGUGCAUCCGGGAUACACUGGUGCCAGCACUACGUACCUCAACGACAUUGCUAUUGUCACGCUGCGCGAGCCGAUCGACUUCAACCAGUACCAGAAGGCGAUAAACUUACCGACCCAGGACGUACAUUACCGACAGGCAUCCAGCGCUGUGGUUACCGGCUGGGGUAGCACGAGAUCAGGUUCCCAGGACACUCCGAUCAAUCUGCAAAAGGCUCCGAUGAGACUGAUGACCAGUACCCAGUGCCAGCGCCAACUACCCUUCAACCUGAGAAACAGCCAGGUCUGCGCCAUCCAAAGACACGGUGUCGGCGUCUGCACCGGUGACAGCGGCGGUCCUCUGGCAGUCAAUGGUGAGCUCGUCGGUGUGGCUUCGUACGUCGUCGAAUGCGGCAAGGGACAUCCCGACGUGUAUACGAAUGUUUAUUCUUACGUCAACUUUAUCAAGAAGGCCAUCGCUUCGCCUUAACGUUGUGUAUAUCUCAGCUAGACUGAUAUUAUGAUAUAUUAUUGCGAAGAUUGUAUAUCAAUAUGAAUUCAUUUCAUAGUGUUUACGUUGUUGCAGAUUAUUAUAUUAUAUUAAUAUAUGAAUAAAAUCUUGAUUUCUGGCAAAUUAUAAAA